AUGUUGAGCAUGCAAAGAAAGUUCGGUCGAAUGACCACCAAGCGCACGGCGGAUGAUAGCCAAGUCGCCGUGCUCUUGAAGGAUUUUGAGGACGCGGAUACUCUCUUGGCCAAAAUUAUCAAUUCCACACAAGCCUGGCGCGAUGCUUGGGUUUCCAUUGCGACGUUUCAGAGUCGCAUGGCCGACGAGUUCGAUGGCCUCUAUGCGCCUGUCGCGAGCUCCUCGGAGACUCCCACUCAGAGACAAGCGUUCACAACACCCCCCGCUAUGCUGACGCGCGUCAAUCGAAUGCGCCGCGAAUACGAUGAGCUGCGCACUGACAUGCUGCAAGAGCUCACUGAAGUCGACUCGCGGAUGAUACGCCCCGCGGCUUCGGCGAAAGACUUUCUGGCGCCAGUGAAGAAGACUAUUAAGAAGCGGAAUGAUAAGAAGACCGACUUCGAGCGUUAUCAGAGCAAGGUGGACGGCCUCAUCCAUAAAGGGAAGCGUACCGAACGCGAUAAUGCCAACCUCGCCAAGGCAGAGGCCGAUCUUGCUACUGCCAAAGAGAUAUAUCGCGCCGCGGACGAAGAUCUCUGCCAGCGUCUCCCCACCCUCGUCUCCCUCCUCUUCUCUUUGGUCCCAUUCAUUCUUGACGCCCAGAUCGAGAUCCAGCACCGCAUGCUAGCACUUUACUACACCGUGCUUCACGCCUACUGCGAAGGAGAAGGCUUCCCUUCCCCUCCUCCGCCGAUGGACCAUGUGAUCCAGGACUGGGAACUCGCCCACAAGCCUCCUCAAAGCGACGUCGAAGGUCUCGCCAUCCUCGCACACGGUAAAUCCAUCCGUCAAUCCAACGAGGCCCAGGAAGAACGAGGCAAAAGACCCUCCCUCGGCGGCCGCAGCCUUACAAGCUUCUCUGCAACCUCAAGAGGCAGCGACAUGCGCAGCCGCAGCAAAUCCCCCGCACCGCCACCAAACAUGUUCAAUAAGCCCAAACCCUGCGGCUUCGAGGCCUCUCGGCCCGUUUCCCCCUCGUCAUCCGUGAACACUUUCACACCAAGCGUCUCGGCCAUCUCAGCAGCAAGUUCGUCGAGCACAGCCCUCACAGCAGGCAGCGGGUACUUCACUCCACCAGUACACUCGGAGCCAAUGCCCGUCCACUCAUACAAACGAUCCCCAAGCCCCAUGCCGGCCAAACCACCCAAGCCAUCAGGAAUCCAGUUCUCACCCGCGGGUCCGAAGAUCGAUCACCAUCAGACAUUCAUCUCGCCCACACCUGGCGCAGCCGAUCCUCUGGCCAGUAUGGCGGGUAAGAAGAGGAGACCUCCGCCCCCGCCGCCGGCGAAGCCGGCCAAGCCACCGCGCCCCACUACAACGUUCGUCACGGCAUUGUAUGACUUUGGUGGCCAGGGACCUGAUGAUCUGUCUUUCCGCGAGGGAGAUCGGAUAAAGCUGGUAAGGAAGACAGAAAGUACUGAUGAUUGGUGGGAGGGUGACCUACAGGGAGUUCAGGGAUUCUUCCCGGCAAACUAUGUCUCGUUGUAA